UAUGGGGCAAUCUUGCCCUAAUCUUGAACUGAUUGCACUUGGUGACAACAAACUCAGUGGUCAUAUCCCAUCCUCUCUUUUGAAUUGUUCCAAGCUCAUCUCAAUAGACUUUUCAGAAAACUUAUUCUCUGGAUCAAUUCCCAAAAACCUUAGAAACUUGAAGCACCUCCAACAACUUUUUUUGAGUGGAAAUCAGCUAAUAGGCUGGGAGGCUAAAGGUCAUAAAGAGCCCAAUUUCAUUUCAACUUUAUCCAAUUGUAGAUCUUUGAGAGUUUUAUUUGUAGAUGGCAAUCCAUUGGAUACAACAAUUCAAGAUUCCAUUCAAAACUUUUCAGCUUCCUUUCAAAUCUUUCAUGCAGAAAAUUGCCAAAUAAGGGGUCAUAUUCCUAUGGGAGUGGGUUUUUUGAAAGGCUUGAUCUGGCUUGAUUUGACCAAUAACAAUUUGAUUGGAAAUAUCCCUUUCACAUUCGGUGGUCUAGAAAGAUUACAAAGAUUGCAUCUUCACAAUAAUAGGAUCGAUGGAUUGAUCCCAGAAGAGAUAUGUCAAUUAAGGAAUUUGGGAGAGAUGGAUCUCUCAAACAACAAAAUCUAUGGAGUCAUCCCAAAUUGCAUUUCAAACCUCAGUCUUCUACAACAGCUAUACUUAAAUUCCAAUAGACUCAAAUCGUCAAUACCAAUAAAUAUAUGGGGCCUAAAAAAUAUAUUGUUUUUGGAUCUGUCAUCGAAUUCCCUUGGUGGACAUUUGCCUUUGAACAUGACAAAAUUGGAAUCUCUCGAAAGUCUAGAUUUGUCAAGAAAUCAAAUUACUGGAGAAAUUCCAAGUAUCAUUGGAGCAUUUGAAAGCCUCAGUUAUCUCGACUUUUCAAACAACUCCUUUCAAGGAGGCAUUCCGCAAUCUUUUGGGAACUUAAAAGGGUUAGAUACCUUAAAUCUUUCUUACAACAAUCUUUCUGGUGCAAUUCCUAAAUCCCUUGAGGCAAUUCCAUAUCUCAAAAACUUGAAUUUAUCUUUCAACAAGCUAGUAGGAGAGAUUCCAUCCAAUGGUCCUUUUGUGAACUUCACGACGAAAUCAUUUUCAGGAAACAGUGCACUUUGUGGGAAUCCAAUUUUUGGAGUUCCACCUUGUCCAAAGAUUCCUUCCUACCAACAAUCAAAGAGGAAAGAUAUUUUCCUCAAAUGUAUUCUUUCUGUCAUUGCGUCAAUUAUAAUCUUUGUAAUGUUGGUUUAUUUGCUGAGAAGCCGUCGGAAGAGUAACAUGGAGAUACCUACAUCACUUAAUGCAUUGCCUGUAAUGGAACAUAGAAUGAUAUCAUAUCAAGAGCUUUGCCAAGGGACAAACAACUUUUGUGAAAGCAACUUGCUUGGGGUCGGAGGUUUUGGCUCUGUGUACAAAGGAAUACUUUCUGACAGGACAAUUGUUGCAGUAAAAGUUCUAAGUUUGCAAUUGUCGGGUGCUUUCAAAAGUUUUGAUGCAGAAUGCAAGGUGUUAUGUAAAAUUCGACAUAGAAAUCUUGUUAAGGUCAUAACUACAUGCACCAAUCUUGAGUUUAGAGCAUUGGUGCUAGAAUAUAUGUCGAACGGCAGCCUUGAAAAAUGGUUAUACUCUCAUAACUACUGCUUGGAUCUUGUACAGAGAAUAAAUAUUAUGGUUGAUGUUGCGUCAGCCUUAGACUAUCUCCACCAUGGUCAAUCAGAAUCUAUAUUGCAUUGUGAUUUGAAGCCUACAAAUAUCCUUUUGGAUGAGGACAUGGUUGCACAUGUGGGCGAUUUUGGCAUUGCAAAGAUUUUAGUCAAAAAUAAAGAUGCAACACACACCAAAACUCUUGGUACCAUUGGCUACAUCGCACCAGAAUAUGGAUUUGAAGGGAAGGUAUCUAUCAAAACCGAUGUCUACAGCUAUGGCAUAACAUUGUUGGAGAUGAUCACGAGGAAAAAACCCAUUGACGACAUGUUCGUUGGAGGCUUUACUUUGAGGCAGUUGGUAAAUGCAUCCAUUCCAGAUAGAAUGAUGGAAGUUGUGGAUGAAGGUUUACUAAGAAUAGAAGAUGGAAGAGACACCAUUGCCUUGCAAAGUAUUCUUUCGUCAAUCAUGGACUUAGGCUUGAGGUGUUCUGAAGAAUUACCAGAUAUAAGAAUGGAUAUCAAAGACGUGUUGGUCAAGCUUAAUAAAAUCAAGUCAAUUUUUUUUUAGAACAGGAACAUGGUUACUAGACAUACUUGACCUUAAUUUGUUUCAUAUGUUUUAUGUCUUUUUAAUAUCCUAAAGUACUUAGGUGUGGUAUGUAUGUAAAAUGUUUGUAUCAACAUUUAUGCUUAAAGGAAUGGUUUGAGAAUCUA